AUGCGUCCGUUAACGCUGCACGCAUCUGCUCUCAGCGAUUUCGAGUAUGACCUGUACACCUCGUCGCUCAACAAUCUUUGCGUCACUAACGACACCGAAACAAGCACAACUGCCCGCGACUUCGAAACCACCACUGUCGGCGUCCGCGAAGCACGGGCAUGGUUAAGGGGGAGAUAUCACGAUCUUCCGGCGUCCGAUAUCGACGACAUUCUGAGACUAUUCUCUCCCUGUCUGAUGCCCUCGGACACGCUCACGGGUGGCCAGUUCUUUGCUGCCUUGCGUCUCGUCAUCCAUGCCCAGUCCGGGAAAGGUGUCGAUCGAUCCCUUGCAUUUGUCCAGGCUCAACCAGGCACCACUAAGCCUACUGGAAUACCUCGGCCACCUUCACCACCAAAGCGUUCGGUCAUAGCACCGCCAAGCCAUCCAGAUCGCUCCAAGGGGCUCAGUUUUAGUACAUCACCUCCGGAGACGAACCCCUUUGUCCGAAGGUCUACGGAACACGCCUCAUCCGUGCAGAGCACGGUAUGCACAAGUUCGGAUGGUCAGAGCGUUCAACCAGCUCAGCAAAAUAGCCAAAGGCUCAGUCAUAACCCGUUCCUGGUGCGGGAUAGAGUAGAAAGCCAAGACGCAGUCGUUAAAUCAUCCGAAAGAACACUUGCAAAGAGUGGAAAGCUUCCGCCACUACCUCCACGUAAACCUACAACGUCAGCGUCCGCGCAACAACCGCCCGAGGUGACCAUGGUGCCACCAGCUCCCCUCAGUCCGCCGCUUGUGCUUCCCAAACCCAGUCAUAUUAUGACCCCGCUUAUGAGACAGUCCCUGGAGGCGAGCAAACACGGACAGACUAUGAGGCGCGUCGAGGAACAAUUGGACCGAGAACGCGUCCUUCGGGUAUUGAAAAGCACUUCCUCGGGAACUUCAAGAACGCGGAGUACAAGUCCUUCUAAACCAGGUUCCAAGACAUCGGACGUUGAAGACACACCCACCGUACCUCCGCGCCGCAGACAGCCAAGUAGUACGCCUUCAUCCGCAUCAAGCUCAUUGGCUUCCCUUGAGCAAGUUGCGAGCGCUACGUUGAAGUCGUUACAUCCUUCCCCAUCGAUUGUCUCCCCUCCAGUCCCUGCUCCACCCACACAUCCUGAUCGCCGACCUUCGACCGGUACCAGCGACUCUCAGCAGCCCUCCUCUGCAAGGGUUUUCCGUUCGAAGUCGAUGCACCACGCAGACUCACCUCCACUUCCCCCGCCCAGGCGGAAGCGACCAGAGAGCGUUCAACUGAUGCCUCCUUCAGGCACGAUAGAUGCUCCUUCCUCACCUCACAUCCCUCUGUACUUGCACGCACACUCGCGGACACCUUCUUAUCAAGGUCUUUCGCGUCACGUCUCUCUUACACGGGGUAGUGACACCACCGACUCAUCGCCUAUGUCCAACAUUCAGAAGACGAUAUCCAACCUGCAAUCGAAGGCUCAGCCCAAGCUCGAUGCGGUGAGAUACAAAGCGGAAGCGGGUAUUAGCAGGCGAGGAUUUGUCAACCAUGCACAAUUUGGUUCCAGUAUGAGGUGGCGCGGUGAAGACGAAGAAGGAUUGAUGGCAGACACCCAGGGUAUUACGGCCGACGUCGACCAAGACCCUAAUUUACAAUCAGUCACUGACAACGACCUAAGUUCUGGAGAGGACCGUGAGGCGCGGACAAGGGCAGAAGAUUCGCAUCGCAGAUUCAUUAGGGAGGCCGACAACCUGAAGUUGCCGCCCGGUGAGGGUUGGGCCCAGCUUUAG